CCCCAACACUAGAUGGCAGUAGCUUUAGCUGAUGGCCGUCAGUAAAAUCCGCCUUCCGUUUACAUUGACAAUAAUGAACACCCGGCAUUAUUUUGUGUGAUUUUUAUUUGCGAAAUAUGUGAAUAUGGCACCGAAUUCUGGGGGGAGAAUGUAUCACGGUCGGACUAUAAGAAGUCGAGAAGCCGGCGGAAGCUAAGUAACGACGUUAAAAUGCGACCUUUAACUGAAAAUGAGCAAGCGUCAUGAUUAAAUGUCUUCCUGAAGAGGUCCGGUUGAAACUUCGCUCCGGUGUCGCCAUCCCUUCUUUCCAACAAUGCGUGGAGGAGCUCGCCCUCAACAGUAUCGACGCUGGGGCGACAUGUGUGGGCGUCCGGAUGGACCUGGAGGCAUUCAAAGUCCAGGUCAUCGACAACGGCGUAGGGAUGAACGCAGAAGACAUGGCGUGUGUUGGGAACAGAUACUUCACCAGCAAAUGUAACUCAUUGGGCGACCUGGAAAACCUCCGCUUUUAUGGCUUCAGGGGUGAGGCCAUUGCAAGUAUUGUUUCUUUAGCCACUCUUGUCGAAGUCUCAUCCCGGGCUCGAAACACAGGCAGGACCCUCGUAAGAAUAUUCAAGGAUGGAAAAGCGAUGGAGGUUUUUGAAAAAGACACACCUCGACCCACUGCUGGUACCACUGUUGUCAUUUGCAACUUCUUCCACAACAUGCCAGUUCGCAGGAAGAGGAUGGACCCUAUCCUGGAAGGUGAGCGGAUCAGACACAGGGUGGAGGCCAUCUCUUUAAUGCACCCCUCUGUGUCCUUCACCCUGAAGAAUGACUGCACAGGAGUCAUGUUGGUACAGCUUCCUAAAGCCAGAGAUACAUACCACAGGUUCAUUCAGAUACACACCCUGGCCCGGGCUCAGAAGCUGGUAGAAAUCCAGUACACCCAUGCCCAGUUUGAGGUGACUGGUUACCUUGGCAGGGAGGGCCACUACAACAACAGCUUGCAGUUCUUGUAUGUAAACGACAGGCUGCUUUUAAAGACACGUAUACACAAGGUGCUAAACUCCCUUCUGCGCAGGGUCAGUAGUCCAACUCAGAAGAAUGACAGCCCGGACAAACUGUCAGCCAUCAGGAGCCCAAAGCAGAAACGCAGCCAAGAUCUGCAUGGAAUAUACAUCAUUAAUAUUAAAUGUAUCUAUUCAGAAUAUGAUAUUAGCCUUGAGCCUGCCAAAACUCUAAUCGAGUUCAAAGACUGGGAUGGUGUUUUGCUGUGCAUCGAGGAGGCCGUGAAAGUGUUUCUGCGCAGGGAGAACUUGGUGCUCUCCCAAGAUGACUUGCACGAUGCGUCACCGAGAUUGCUUAAAGCUGAGAGUGCAGAGCGAGAAGACGACAGAGGAGACCAAAACGUCCAUGCGGCAUCUAGUUGUACGGCUGUGAUGACUCUGGCCUCGGAAUCUGUUCAUCGCAAACCAAACAUUGGUGUUUGUCAGGAGUCAGCACAGGUAGAUGCUGAGGAGGAGAUGGCUGGAAGUGAAAGAUGCUUUCAUGAUCAUACUACACUAGUCAUGACAAGAGAAGACGCUGAAAAACAGAUGAAAUCAUCACACAUUUCCUCACCUGAAAGUAUAAAUUCAUGUGCCAGCGUCAAUCAAACACCUCUUGAUUCUAACAGUAUAAACCAAGUAGACUGCCAGGAUGCAGCAGGAGAAGAAAGGGCACACACUGCUAACAAAAAGAUACGCCUGUCCUGUCCGUUCAUUCACAAAUGUCUGCAGCAGCCCCCCCUGAGCACCAGGAAAGUAUUUGUGCAGCCACAUUCAAAACACAAGAUCUCACUUGAUGCAGGCAAUCGUGGAUCCUUAGAGGAAACCCACAGAAUUUCUGCUCCUGCUGUCUGCUUGAAGAUCUCCAAAGUGGCAUCUAAAGAGUCUGGAUCACUUGACAAGUUCAGAAGAAUUUAUGGAAAAUCUGCUGAACCAAAGGUCCCCUCAGUGGACACUCCAACUCACAUUGGACAACUUCAGACAAACCUUGUAGUGCAUCACCACAAGUUGCGACUGCAGAAUGAUGUUAAAGAUGCCCAAGAGGGAGAAGAUGGAAGCACAACAACACACUCGGGAUUCACCAAGCUAAAAGACAUCUCAGGUCAAACUAAUGUCAAGCAAUCUUUAGCAAGUAAACUCAGCCAUCUAAAACAACACGAGAAAGAAGAUGCAAAAGUACCAUCAAGUUGUGUUUCUCAGGACAAUUCUAGUCUCAUUAGUAAUGAGGGCUUACAAGACACCAAUAAUAAUGUCUGUGAGACGGCACCUGUUGUGGAGCCCAGCGAGGAAUGGCCGACCACAACAAAUACAGACUGGCUCCAUCACUAUGAUGCGUGCAAGGGAAAAACUGUGUAUGUCAACAAAGUCACUGGGCUCAGCAGAUACGAGGAACCACCGAUGGAGGAAGCACAGGCCCGCUGCACAUCUGAUGUCACCAACAUGGCCGUCAGUGUUGUCUCUGAAACAGGGGUGGAGUACAAGUGUUACCCCUUUCAGGCGGAGCUGGUGCUGCCCUUCCUGCCUAAAUCCAGAGGUGAAAGAGUGCUUAGUUCAGCGACCGAUGUCGCAGCUGACAAUGUUGACACCUGUGACUCGCUCUCCUCUUUGUACUCAAACUGGAACAACCCAGUGUUUGUGCGUCCCCCUGAGGUGGGUGUGGACAUCUCAAGUGGACAAGCUGGCGGGCUGGCUGUAAAGAUCCACAACAUCCUCUUUCCAUAUCGCUUCUCGAAGACCAUGAUACACUCAAUGAAGGUGAUAAACCAAGUUGAUAACAAGUUUCUUGCAUGUAUCAUCAAUACAAGGGAUGACACUGACAGUGAAGGGAAUCUUUUGGUGAUGUUGGACCAACAUGCCGCACACGAGAGAGUGCGUCUUGAAAACCUAAUAGCAGAUUCCUUUGAGGAAGAUCCAAAUGCACCUGGUGAGAGACGUCUGUGUUCUUCCACUAUUUUACCACCUCUUCACAUCUGUGUAACAGAAGAGGAACAAAGGCUGCUGAGGUCUUGUCAGGCUCAUUUGCGGCGCUUGGGCCUGGAAGUGGCUUUCUCACAGUCGGGGGAUUCCCAAGUGCUUGUAGGCAAGGUGCCCGUGUGUUUCUUGGAAAAAGAAAAUAACGAGCUACGGCGGAAGAGGCCAUCUGUUAUCAAACGUGUCGUUGAGGAUUACCUCGAAGAGCAGAUGGAGGUAAGGCUGGAACGUCCAAUCUACUGUAUCGUGUUACUCCGCUCCACUGGCAGAGUGAGAGGAACUCUACCGCUCACUGUGCUGAAAGUCCUUGCCUCUCUAGCAUGCCAUGGCGCCAUCAAAUUCAACAACCGCCUGAACCGAGAUGAGUGCCACAGCUUGGUAGCGUCCUUGUCUUCCUGCCAGCUGCCCUUCCAGUGUGCCCACGGCCGUCCAUCCAUCGCUCCCCUCGUCGACAUCCUCCAUUUGGACCCGAACCAAAAUGAACUUCAGAAACCCAACCUAGGAAAGUUGAGAAGGAUGUACAAAGCAUGGGAACUGUAUGGGAAGAGAUGACGCUGUGUUUUUCCUUCAUGAAAUAUUUGAAAAACCUUCAUGAAAUAUUUUUGAAAAACUACUUCAUUUGAUAACGUAAAAGUCCCUGUCAUAUCCUAAAGCUGUAAACAAUAUAAAAUCAAAACAUAGCUGACGUGGUGUCAUCCAGCGACCUGCCACAACACAAUGACCACAAUCCUAAUGAGAUCCAAUGUAAGAGCUUUAUCAAUACUGUCUGGCUAGAGCUUAUUACGAUCCAUCUUGUCUUUUCAUAUACUGGACACUUAUUGGCAAACCUGCACAAGCAGUUUCAAUUUGAAAGUUCUGUGUGAAAUGAAUGACUACAAAACGUACAUUAUAUUUAUAUGAUGACUUAUACUCAACAUGGAACAGAGUGUGAGUGUUUUUUUCUUCCUAGGACACUGAUGGAUGUACACUUCUGAUGUGCCUGAGCAUUAUUAUUUGUAGAGCCUGAUCAAUAAGGCAUUUUCAUUGAGCAUGCUCUACACUCGUCCUUUGUAUUAUCAGUGGAAUUGAAAUGCCUCCAAAUUUUACUGCACUCAUUUUCUCUCUAUUCCAUUGCGUCGUCCCUUUUGUGCCAAAUUUUAGCAACAAUUUUUGACGAAAACCAAAUCAUACAAAACCGUGGUUUGACUGUAUAAUAAAGAACCAGCAUAUUGUUCAAUGAUUUACAUUCAAAACCAAGCAUCGUUAUCAAAAAGGCAGUUUUUAAAAAAUUGGGUCUCAGUAGAUGUUAUGUACUGUGAACACCAGGGCUGUCCAAAGUACGGGCAUUUGCGGAUGUUUUUUGGAGAAAUUAUUGGCCUUUUAUUGUGGCCAGCCUAAGGCACACCUGUGCAAUAAUCAUGUUGUCUAAUCAGCAUCUUGAUAUCUCACACCUGUGAGGUGGAUGGGUUAUCUCGGCAAAGGAGAAGUGCUCACUAACACCGAUUUAGACAGAUUUGUGAACAAUAGUUGAGACAUAUA